AUGCGCACCCUCCCCCAAUCCGGGGAAGCUCCUAGAAAAGGUGGAGUAAAACGCGCUCUCAUUACUCGCCUGCUCAGCACACCGCGGCUGGGGGGAAACAUUCGUCCUGAGCGUUCUACCGCUGUUGUAGCCCGUGAGCUACAACGUUAUAAUAUUGACGUUGCUGCUCUAAGCGAGACAAGACUCCACGAUUCGGGAUCACUCACAGAGGCAGCGGGCGGAUGCACUUUCUACUGGAAAGGUAAACAUUCUUCAGAGAAACACGAAUCAGGAGUUGGCUUUGCUAUCAAGUCCUCCAUCCGAUUAUCUGAGCUUCCAGUUGGACAUUCGGACCGCAUCAUGUCACUUCGUUUGCUGUUGAAUAAGCAACGUUCGCUCCAUCUCAUCAGCGUGUAUCCUCCUACUAUGCAGCAUUCUGACAUCAUGAAAGAUGCAUUUUAUGAAGAUUUGUCAGCCAUCAUUCGCACUAUUGCAGCCCACGACAAAUUUAUCAUCCUUGGCGAUUUCAACGCUAUAGUUGGCAAUGAUUUCCACACCUGGCCAUCCGUUCUCGGUCACCAUGGCAUCGGCAAUGUAAACAGCAAUGGUAAUCUUCUCUUGACAAUGUGCGCUGAAAACAACCUGACCAUCACCAACUCGUACUUCCAACUACCAAACAAAUUAAAGACAACAUGGAAGCAUGCUCGCUCUGGUCACUGGCACCUAAUUGACUACAUCAUUACAAAGUCAAAAGACGCAUCAGACUUCCAUGUCACUAGAGUCAUACGAGGUGCUGAUUGUUGGACGGACCAUAGACUUCUAAUUUCAAAGGUGUGUCUCAAGAUCAGCAAACCUGCACCCAGAAAAGCUCAGAAAAUUCCGAAGAAAUUCUGCGUCUCGAAACUCAAAUCAGAAGAAGUCGCAACAUCCCUCAGAAACUGCAUCGACGAACAGCUACAGAAUAUAUCGGUGCUCCAGAGUGGGAUAGUCUUAAGACGGUUCUUCUUAACUCAGCUGAGACUGUUUAAAAACACAAAAAGCUAG